UUUUUCUCGAGUUAAGUUCCAAACUCUCUUGCUCAUUUUUUUCAUUUACUCAUUUCACUUGCAUAAAAUCUUAAACAAGUAAAAAUCAAGUAAUUUGAGAUAGAGGGGUAAAAUAAUACGAGUAAUUAAUAAUAUAAUAAUAAAAAUAAUAACAUAAAAAGCAGAUUGUAGCAGAGGCAUUAAACCAUCCAUAAUUGUUCCCCCAAAUACCAUCCUAUAUCUAGGAACAGUUAAAACACACUUCUCUCUCUUACAUUUAUAAUCCUCUCUUCCAUUUUCCUUCAUUCUUGCAUCAUCUUCAACAAUUAUCAAACAAAAACCCACCAAAUAAUUUCUAAAAAAAAUGCAUGCGAAAACAGAUUCAGAUGUAACAAGCAUGGCAACAGUAAGCCCACCAAGAUCACCCUCAAGAAGAGCAGUCUACUACGUUGAAAGUCCAUCUUAUUCACAACAAGACCUCGACAAACUAUCUUACGCAACACUAAGCCCCCCUACUUCUCCUACAAGAAACUACCAUUGUUCUCCAAUUCACCAUUCUCGAGAAUCUUCUACUUCUAGACUGUUCUCUUCUACUUCCCUUAAACAGCAUUAUCACCGCCGUGCCGGAAGUGGGUGGCGCCGGAUUUACGGCGGACUCCGGUUGGAUUACGGCGGCGCCGGCGAUGAGGAGAGAGAUUGUGAGGAGGAGGAAGAUGAGGAGGAUGGUGGGCCCAGUUGGAGGUUUUAUGUGGGGUGUUUUAUGGUUUCGUUUAUUGGGUUGUUUAGUGUGUUUUCUUUGAUUCUUUGGGGGGCUGCUAAGUCUUUUCACCCUCAUAUUCUCGUCAAGAACAUGGUGUUCCUGGAUUACACAAUACAAGCAGGAAUGGACGGCACAGGAGUUCCGACAGAUAUGCUGUCUCUUAAUUCGACGGUCAGGAUUUCUUACAAGAAUCCCGCCACAUUUUUUGGAGUCCACGUCACUUCCACCCCUUUUGAACUCUACUACUAUCAACUCAAAGUUGCUUCUGGUCAGAUGAAGAAGUUCUACCAGAAAAGGAAGAGUCAUUCCAACAUAACUACAGUUGUGCAUGGACAUCAGAUCCCUCUCUAUGGUGGAAUGUCAGUUGUAUCCGAUGCAAUGAAAGGUAACAACUUGCAUGACAAAAAAGUGAAUGUCGGGUUGAAUUUAACAUUUACUCUGCGAUCAAGGGCUUACAUUCUAGGGAGACUGGUUAAGUCCAAGUUCUAUAAGCAUAUCAGAUGCCCUGUCACGUUAGAUAGCACCCGUCUUGGCAAACCCAAGAAUCUGUUACAUUCCUGUGUUUUCAAUGAGUGAAUGUUAGUUCGAGCCUAUAGUUAUGAAAACAUUAACAGCAGAUCAGGAAUUAAGACUAGAUUUAAUGUUGGCAAAAGCCAUCAUUUAUAUGAUUAACUAAGCUCAAAGUUUGCUGAUCAUUUGGUUUGUAGCUUAGGAAGAGAAAGUAUAUACUAACUUUUUUUUGUUGUUGGUUUUGGGAUUGUACUUAAACAAAGCUUUGUUUUCAAGGAAUUAUAUGACAUUGCUGAAAGCAUAUGUUAUUGCCUAUUGGAUUGAGUAUUUGGAUCAUUGGAUCCUUGAGAUA